UAGUUGCUUCUUGCCCUCUAAGAUCUGAGUGGCUUGAAUAAAUUUUGGAAUUGCAUUGCUUCGGCGGUGCUUAAAAUGGUUUUUUGUAAAAGUCGAAGUAAACAAUGAAUAAUAAUAAGAAUGAAUUUUGGAUUUCAUAAAAAAUAGAGAAAUUGUAACGAUAAAAUGUUAAAUUUUUACACAUGUUGAUGUUGUGAAUGCUUUUUAGAGAGCAUUUCGUAUUUUUUGUCUUUAAAUAUUUUAUAGUAAACUCUCGACUGGAAACAAUGAUUAUUACACCUUAAUAGAUCAACUAAUAGACUAGCGUCUAAAUGGGCGGCGUUGAUAAUAAUUUUAUUUACCACAUAAUUUAAAAAAAUUUAAAAAAUGGCCUCUCGAACUGUUGAACACAAUAUUAAAAAUUUAUUUUUCUUUAUUCGAUUAGCAGACAAAAAUCAAGCCAUUCUUGAAUACAAAAAAUUGCCUAAUCAAAUUUUAGAAUUGUAUCAUACAGAAGUUCCAAAAGAGUUUGGAGGGAAAGGAAUUGCUAAAGAUUUAGUUAAAGGAGCCUUUCGUUAUUGUAUUGACAAUAAUUACAAAAUUUAUCCAACUUGCUCUUAUGUACAAAAAUAUAGUAAAGAUUUGGCAACUGAAGAAGAAAAGAAAAUUGUUGUCAAUGAUUUAAAAUAG